CCGACAAGCCGGAUCCUGGCCCUUUGGCCCUUUUGUCACCUCCGCCGGGAAGAUUCGCGACACAACCGGCGAAAACAUCGUGUACGCCGGCACAAACUGGCCCGGCCAUGGCGAGGUCAUGAUCCCGGAGGUCUGCAAUACCAGUCCAUCGAAUACAUCGUCACGAAGAUCAAGAGCAUCGGCAUGAACGUCAUCCGUCUCACUUUCGCAAUCGAAAUGGUCGACCAAAUCUACGCCAACAACGGACAAGACAUUACCAUCCAGCGCGCCUUCACCCAAGCACUCGGCCAAGCCAACGGCACCAGAAUCCUCAACCAAGUCCUCGCAAAGAACCCACAGUUCACCGCCUCGACAACCAGACUCCAAGUCUUCGACGCCGUUGCCGCCGAGCUAGGCAGGCAACAGAUUUAUGUCCAUCUUGACAACCACAUCUCCAAAGGAAUGUGGUGCUGCUCCGGCACCGACGGCAACACCUGGUGGGGAGACACCUACUUUAACACCGCCAACUGGGUCAGAGGACUGUCUUACAUGGCUGGUUUGAAGGAAAGAUGGAGUUUGGGGUUUUUGUUGAGUGAGUUUGGGUUUGCGAUGGAUGUGAAUACUUGGCGGGGUACGUACGCGAAUUGUUUGGCUAGUUAUGUGCGGAGCGAGAAGGCGGGGUGGACGAUGUGGGUGUUGGCGGGGAGUUAUUAUGUGCGGGAGGGGAUACAGGAUUAUGAUGAGGGGUGGGGGUUGUUGACGCGGGAUUGGAGGGAGUGGAGGAGCGAGGGGUAUGUGGAUGGGUUGUUUAGGGGGAUGGUGAGGAAUUCUGUUGCGGGGUAG